UCAAAAACCUGAAAAUUUGGGGACUAAGUGAUUAUCGGUAAAUUAAGUCAUAAUGUACUUAUAAUCGCAUAUGUUACCUGGGGGAACUGGGUUCAACUCCUCGUAGCGAUCAUUAUCAACCGUAAAUAAUUACUUGACUUUCUUGAUUUUGGGAUUCUGAUAUUGGAAAUAAAACCUUUUUCUUUGGGUUUCUAUGCUUCCCUAGGUGCGUACGGUAGAUGAAAGGUUAUCUUGCUGGCAGUCCAAUUGUUACUCCAUGCCGUUUGAUAAAAGCAUUAAACAAUUACUGUUAAGCUGAUAAGACUCAAAUUACUGCUGUUAUUUUAAGAUAAAAAUAUCAUUUUUUUUCUUUUAAUAUAUAUAUAGCUAUAGCCAUAAAAAAUUUGAUAGAAAUAAGUAUAAAUUGGCCUACCAAUUAUUAAUUGUAUUAAAUAAUUAAACUAAAACAAGUACCCUUAGUUUAUAAUUAGAUUUUUUUUUUCUUUUAGUAUAGACGAGAGCUCAAGCCAUAAGAAGAGACAUUUAUUCAAGAGAUAAAAUCAUUUCAUUAUUCUCCAGCAAACUAAGUCAAGAACUAACUUGGCUAUAAAUGCUUCUUCUUAGAGCCGUUAAACAAGCAUUUACUUAGGCUAAAUGUUAGGACUAAAAAAUCAUGUUACCAUUUUGUGGCUAAUUUUACACACAGAUUUCAUUGGUCAAGAUCUUCUCUCAUAGAUGAGAAGUCUUCUAUAUAAACCCAUUCCAAAACCUAAAACAACAGGCCAUCUUAUUACUUUUAUAACAAAAGUAAUAAAAACAAGGAAGAAAAAGGAGAAGAAACAUUUGUAACCCAUUAUGUCUUACUCUAUCUUCUUCUUUUUCAUCCUUGUUCUCGCCAAUCCUUCUCACCAAGCCCCAGAUUUGGUAACCACAACUUGUGAUCAAACCUUGUACAAAGACCUCUGCAAAUCUGCUCUAGCCACAGCUCCAAAAACUGAUGUAAAAGAUGCGCAGAGCUUAGCCAAAUUUGCACUAAAAAUGACAUCAUUAAAUGGAGGUGAAAUACACAAGCGCAUUACCCAGUUGCUUACUACAAAUUCAGAUGAAUUCGUGAAGCAAUGCCUCACAGAUUGCUCAACUGUGUACCAAGAUGCCAUUGAUCAGCUUGAGGACUCCAUGGUUGCAUUGGAUACUAAAGCUUUCAAUGAUGUUAAUACAUGGGUGUCUGCUGCUAUGACUGUUGCACAGUCAUGUGAGGAUGGAUUCAAGGGCAAGCAAGGGGCUGUGUCUCCAUUAACAGAUAUGAACAAAAGGUUUGGCCAGCUUUGCAGUGUGUCUUUAGCAAUAACCAAUCAGGCAGCUAAAAAUUAACCAAUUUUCUAAUCUAUGCAUAUGUAUAUCAAGAUCUUUAUAUGUAAGAGAAGGAUAGCAUCAAGAGGAAAUAAAAUGGCAAAUUCUUUAUAAUUUCUUGUUUAGUUUAGA